GGGCGCGCGCACACACACACACACACACACACACACACACACACGACAGUCAAAGACCGAAAGAGAGGAAAAAGUCAAUCACAGUAGAUAACAAAACCGUCCAGCUACUUGCUCUUCCUUGGAUUUUGAGAACUCGACUCUUGACCAGGGCUAUGUCUCCACGGGUGGUCCAGACCCAGCCGGAGAGCAGGGGUCAUGAGGCAGGCCAGUGGAGCACUGGCCUUUGUGAGUGCCAUAAAGACAUUGGGGACUGCUGCUUUGCCCUGUGCUGCCUCCCAGUGUUCACCUGUAAGGUGACCAGUGCAGUGGGUGCGUGUCCCUGCCUGCCUCUCCUGGACUGUAUCGGGUGUGUGCCGCCGGCCGCUCUCGCCAUGAGGGCCUCUGUCCGGGAGCGAUAUGGCAUACAGGGGAGUGUGUGGAGCGACUGCCUGUACGGGUGCUGCUGCUAUCCGCUAUCCUGGCUCCAGAUCUCCAGAGAGCUGAAAAGAAGAGCAGCAUCCCACGCCUCCUCCUCCUCCUCCUCAGCCCGAUACACGUCUCUGACCUCCCUGCAGGGGGCGCACUUGGUCUAGACACAUGCAGCACUUUUUCUCCUUCCUAAGUGCUUCCACUGCCACAGGCCCUCCAGAGCAUACGGAUUUAAUCACACUUCCUCUGGUCUGCAGCCGCUCCCUGUUACCUCAGAGAAUUCAGCAGGAACACAAUGUAACCCACAGAGUGGAAAGUUCAGUUUGUCCAAAGAUGAAGCCAAAGAACUGUGAUAAAAGUUAUGUUGGUAGUAGUAUUUUUUUGUAUUUUUUUUUUGUAAUCUUAUUAGAUUAUUUUGGUGGUUGAAAGUACUCAGUUACUCAAGUACUGUGCUUCAGUAGAGUUUUGAGGUAAUUGUACUUUUCUUGAGUAUCAAGUAUGUGACUCUCUAUAUUGCGAAACUGCAUUUUAGAUGUAGGUUAUUGUGUGUCUGUGCUAUUUAUUUGACACCCAUAUUUCCUGUACUUUUCAAAUGGAGAUUAUACACAAUGAUACAACUCACCGUUACAGAUUAAACCACUGAUACAUUUAGAAAAAAGAAAAGAAAAAAAAACGCUUUCAUGUUUCAAAUUUUUAUGAAGUAGUUGGUGCACAUUCAACCCCAGGAAACAUAACUACAGGUGGCAUUGCAACAAGGUUCACAUGUUGCAGCAAACGAAGAAAUCGCAGCAAAAUCAGCAUACCCAAAUUAACACUGUCCGAAUUGAUUUUCAACACUUUUAAAGUGUCUGCAUGGGUCCACACCACAAAGUGUUAAUUUAACUCUUUUUGGAGAGUUGGUAUCUUGACAGUAAUUACAAUUUAACACUUUUCUACGCUUCAUCAGUGUUAUUAUGUGCUGUAUGUAUGUAGUGUUAGACAAACUCUCUCACAGCCUCUUUUUUAACUAUUCAAGUGUUGCUAUAUUAUCACUGCAAGGUGUAACUAUAGCUCUAAUUAAUAAAAAAACAAAUGAAAUAAAAUCUGGUGAAAUAGA